UUUUUUCUGGGCUAAUAUUUUUUUUUUGUUUGAAGAAAAUAUAAAGCAUAGGUAAUACAUAAUACUGGUAUAUAAAGUAAAAAGAACACUUUUAGACAUAAUUGGUGUACUCGUAGCAAAAUGGCAAUGGCUGAUGAUAUUUUAUUUGAACUAUUGCAUUCUGAAAUUGUAAAUUAUGCAUUGGGACAAAGUAAGGAUAACUGCGAUAAAAAGGAGGUGGAUUUGUCCGUUGUAGAAUACAUUGGUUUUGCUGCUGGAUAUAAAAUUAUGGAAAGAUUGACUAGAGAGUGGCCAAGGUUUAAAGAUGAGCUGGAUACAAUGAAGUUCAUAUGCACAGAUUUCUGGACAUGUAUAUAUAAAAAACAAAUUGAUAAUUUGCGGACCAACCAUCAAGGAGUUUAUGUUUUACAAGAUAAUGCCUUUAGAUUUUUGACUAACUUUUCCAAUGGUCAUCAAUAUUUGGAAUUUGCCCCAAGGUUUGUGGCCUACACAUGUGGAUUAAUCAGAGGAGGUUUGGCCAAUUUAUGCAUCAACAGUGUGGUUACUGCAGAAGUUCAGUCUAUGCCAUCAUGUAAAUUUCAUAUACAUGUCCAAAGAACAUAAAUUGAUGAAACAGAAUGCUUGAUUGUUGUUAUUGUUCAGUGUUGAUUUGACCCAACGAGUUUCGUGCUGGAUCCCGAGACCUUCCCCCCCUAGUGCACUCGCAGUGGUUUUUACCAGGUAGGCCAGCCUCGCUUAAGCCUUUCCUUUUUAGGAUAGGUACGGGGUUAGAGAAUC